UUUUUUCCCCUCUCCCCAUACUCUUUGAUUUGCACACACACAAAUGGCUUCGCCCGGUCGAGCGUCACGCACAAAGUUCAGCGAAGAUGCAAUGCUGAUCUCUCUCGCCUCCGAGGCCGAGAAGCGCCUCGAUGCCAAGCGCAAGCAGCGCAAGGAGGCCAAGGCAGCCGUCAUGCAGCGCCAGGAGAGUCUCCAGCGCAAGGAGGCACAAAAGCUGAAUGCCACUUUCAGGGAGAAGGCCGAGGUCGAGAAGACCAUCAUGGAAAGCCGAAUGAACGUCCUGCUCUCUGGAGGAAAGGCAGAUGCAGGGCUUUCCGUUGGAACGGAUAUCGUUCAGACAGUCGCCGGCGAGAAGCUAGUGUCGCUGCGCCAACAGCUCGACCAGGCUUUGCAAUCCAAGACGAUGGUCGAGUCGUCGAAAUCGACGCUGCGCUUUGCCAUCGAAGACCUCAAAGAUCGGCUUGAGGAGCGCGAGGAAGAACUCAGCCAAGCGCUGAUUGACCUCAAAAUGUACCGCCAAAAGUACCAACAAGAGGAAGGCGCUCGUCUGCUCAUGGAAAAGAAUGCCGAAGAGUACUCCAAGGAAGUCGAUCGCAUGCGUGAGCAAGUGUUGCCAUUGUCGCAAGAAAUCGAAACUCAGAAGCAAGCGAAUGCGGAGCUUCAAGAGCGCCUUGCCUCUCUCGGCGAUGUCCAAAGCUCAAGCAGCAAGGUUUCCGAAAAGCUCGACGCGACUUUGAAAGAGCUGGCCGAGUCGCGCGCCGAGACUGCCGCCGCCAAAGAUUCAAACAAGCGCUUUGAGCAAGAAGUGGAUCGUUUGCGCGAGCAACUCAAGACCAUGGGCGAGAAGAGCAAGGGAAGCGAAGAAGCAAACAAGCUCCGCACACAACUCGAAGACGAGCAGCUGGCUAAGGGCCGUCUUGAACGCCAAGUCACCAAAAUGCAGCCGCGAAUUGAUCAGUUGGAGAAGGAUUUGACUGAAUCGGAGGCCCAGUUGUCCGACCUCAAGGCCGAGAAGCGAAAGACACAGCGCGAGCAGCGCCAAAUGCAAACACAAAUCACCGAGCUCCAGACCGAACUGAACGUCCUCAAGGCGACCAUGAAGAAGUGAUUUUCAGGACCCCUCCCUCCUGAUGUCAUGGUGCUCGUUGUCUGUUGAUUGGUUGGUUUCAGCAACCAGUUGUUCCGUUGUUGGUAGUUUUUUUUGUUUUCUGUGUUGGCUGUUAUCUGUCUUGUGUUAUUUCCCCCCCCCCCCAUUAUACUUUGCGCUUUGCGUUUCGUCUCCAAACCCGCUCCCUCUGUUCCCCAUGUUCGUUCGUGAAUUGCUUGCUCUGUUCAC